GCAACUGUGCAGGCAGUGCACCUCAAGGUUAAAAGAAAAAAAAACCCAUUGAUGGCUAAAAAUAGAUUCUACUCAUCUUUUCGUAGACUAGAUAACUAGAGGCUGCAGCCUGGUGGGUCACGAGGUUGUUUCUGAAAAACUGAUGGCAGACAUUUUGGCGAAGGUUUCCACCCUGUAGUUUAUGAGAAAUGUCUUGUGGCUGUCUGGUGUGGAGCUAAAUGCAGUAAACAUUACUUGUGUUGUUGAUGUGAUAUAAUCAAAGUAACAUACGCCUGGCUGACACGACGACUGGUUUUACCUGAACAGAACAGGUCACCGUUGGAUGAGACACCGUGCAGGUUGACAUCUGCUGCAAUGGAAGGAGGCUUGGUAUCAGGUAGUCGUUAUCUUCAGUCGCACGGCCUCGUAUCUGUCUUAGUCUGGAGUCUUUACCUCUCAUCGUAUGCAACAGUAUCCGCGCAAGGGAGUCUAAUAACGUGCAAUGCUGAUACUGUCAAACUAAAUGUAAGCACCUCGCUGACGUGUACUUUUCCUGAAGAAGUUGCGAGUACGAAGAGGGACUUCACUAUUUAUCGCUACCUGGAAAAGGGAAACCCAGAUGCCGUCCUGGACUGCUGGUGGCUGUCGGGAAAUGUUGACUGUUUUGUUGCCCCAGGAUACCAAUACAACAAACAGAUCAGUUCCAACACUGUCAGGCUGGACAUUCCACGAGUUUCAGCACCACAAAUCGCCGUGUAUGCAUGUCAACUUGCUAGCUAUGGACCGGACUCCAUUAAGACCUGUGAGCUUAGUGUCCAGCUAGGUGGAAAAUCGGCCUGCGAGAUACCAUCUGUCAAACCGAAGUCACAAGCUGAGCUGACGUGUUAUUUUCCUGGGGACCUCAGCAAAGCUCGAACUGGCUUCACCGUCAGUCAUCACUCCAAUCAAGGUGCUGAAACCACCGUGAUAAGCUGCACCGGGCAAGGAGAAAGUCUCACCUGUGUCACUGCCUCCGGCUAUGCGUUUGACAAGAAAGUGAUCUCCCACACUUCUACUUCUCACCUGACCAUCAGGAUCAACCAAGCGCUAGAGAACCACGAGGGAACGUAUAGUUGUAAUACAGAGGGCGCUGAUUCUGUAGACUGUUCCUUUAUGCUUGAGAAAGAAAAGACAUCAACCUGCAAAGAUCAAAGUGUGAAAGAGAAUGAGCCAGCAACAUUCAGCUGCAUCUUUGACGUUAAUGUCAAUGUCACAAAAAAGAAUAUCAAAGUACUGCGCAAAGGCGACACAGGUACGGAUGCUGUGAGCUGCACGUGGGUAAGCGAGAAACUGUCCUGCACCACAAACCUGGGGUUUGAAUUUCCCAACACUGUCACUGAUCGUCUCGUGUUUAAAGUACCCCGGGCUACUCUCGAGCACAAUGGGACGUACGAGUGUCACCUACAAGACUAUCAGUCUGAAAAUAUUCAGUCCUGCAACUUUACUGUAAUCCCAGCUCCAGCUACCCCCGCACCAGUCGGAUCUUUCGUCGCUGUGACUGUCGCAGUAGUUAUAGUAAUGCUCAUUCCUCUAACAUUGAUCAUCGUCUUUGUCAUCAUGAACAGCAGAUCGCGAACACAAUUGGAAAAGAAAGGUCUUGAUGAAGAGCAGCCAAUGAUCCAAACUGCCCCACAGGAGGAAGAUCAAACUACAAAGAACUUCUUGACUGACCUCACCAAUGGUUUUCGAACAACACAUCCAGAGUAUAAAACAAAAGCCUAUGUUGUGCCAUCGCUGUACUUCAACACCAACAGAUAUGAAGUGAACACCUUUGCUGGAGAAGUCGUGCACGUCACCAGGCAACCUGAUGAAAAAACUGUGAAGUACGACAUGGCCAUGGGUCGGGUUUUAACAAGUCUUCACCUUCUAGCAACGCACGGGAAUGAAGUGAUGUUUGUCAUAUCGCAGUUUGACUACAACAAGUACUUGUCUAAUCCUAGGAAUGAGUUUACUAAUCACAAUUUACCAAGACCUGGUGAACUGAGGAAGUCUGACAAACACUACGGAGACUUUGACAUCCUUAUCAUUCAUCGACAUCACGGGCUGGUGGUCGGGGUGAUGAAGACUUGUUCUGGCGGGUGUCCAAAUCAACAGGUAGAGGAAACACCCCAGAAGGUGGUUGAUGAGCUGAAACAAGGCUGCACACAACUGGACGAGGCAGAGAAAAUGUUACAACAUCUUCUGUCCGAUCCAAGAAGUAAUCAAAACCAACAAAGGCAAAUUAGAAAACUUUUAAUCUUGCCAAAUCUUUGGGAAGAACGCCUCGGAGUUGUCCUUCAUGAAAACCAAAAUGUGGAACAGAUUUUAAAGGAAUGUCUUGGAAUUCCGGAAACUGCUAGCGUUUCUAAAGAAUGCCUUUGUGGUGAUCAUAUGAGGGGUUCAAAAAGAACCCAAAAGAUUAAAGUCUGGUUCAAUAGUCAAUUUUCUGAGUCACGUGACACAGCACUCGCUAGCGACGACGAGUAUGCUGCUAUAGUUGCGAGAUUCUGUGGAUCUGCAACCAUUUGGUCUUCAAAUGUUCUGGAUCAUCAAAGUGGCAUCCUGCCCAAGACAAUGGAAGACUCGGUGUGGAUGACAGGUGAGCUGUUCAACAAGCCAAUACUACAUCACCAGCAGUGGCAGAUACUAAACACAAACAGUCCUCUGGUCUUCCUCUCAGGGCCGCCAGCUUCAGGGAAGACGAGGAUGCUGGUGUUGGCAGGCAAACGAUGGAUGUCCGAGGGUCACAAGGUUCACGUGGUUUCCACUGGGAAGAAGAGUCGAGCAGCAAAUCAUAUGAUUUACACAGAGCUGUCGACGGCCUCCAUAGAAAAAGGACUUCCAGGAUCGUGUCACCUGAUCACAUUCGAGAAAGAAGAUAUGAAAGAAAGGAUCAACACACUUUCGAAGCUGGUUAAAAAAGAUUCUCUGUAUAUCAUAACUGAUGAGGCUUACAAUGCUAAAAGAUCAAGUUUUCAGGAGUUUGUUGGUGGUCUCCUAAAGAAGGUCCCAGGACUCCAUCUGUGGGCUGGCAGUUGUUUAAAAGGCAUCGCACCGCAAGGCUGUGAGGUUCCCCUCUUUGAAGAUAGUUUUACUUGUCCACCUGCAAUCCUACUGCGCGAGGAUGUGACAAAACUUGCCUCUGAAAAUACUGUCGCCAGCUGGCGGCAGGAGAGUAGAACCACAGCGCCCACGGAUGGUCCGCCAGUAAUAAGUGUUUACCAUGAUGGCAAGGGUCACAAAGGUGACUAUGCACACGACUGCAAGACUUGUGCCAACGAAGUCAUAGCAAUACUUCAAACCCUGCGAGUCAUUAAACCAGUUGGUAUUAACCAAAAGCCCGAAGGACAGUCCAAGCUGCUGAGUAAAGACAUCCUGGUUCUGUGUGAAAAUGACGGAGAGACAGCUGUGAGUGCUGCACUGAAGAAGUCAGGAGUGAGUGUGAAAAUAGUGGAAGAAAAGGACCGUGAAAAAGUUUUAAAAGCCAACAACAAUGAAGUGUGGGUAGCUAAGGGUGAACACGUGUUCGGCAUCAAACGGAAAGUCGUGGUUUAUGUAGAAGGAAAUCCAAAGGACAAACACAAAAUGUCUGUCGACCUCAAACGACUGCGAGGUGUCACCAGUGCAACAUCUCAGCUGAUCUGGUUGAAAGGAACUAAGAAGAGUAAAACAGUUUCUGCAGCGGAAGUGAAUUAGUCUAACUGACAGAAACUUUGAAUUGUGUGACAACCACCGCGUGUACAUAUAUUGAAUGUAUGUAAGAGACGUCUGUCAGGAUUUGCAUUCACUUAAUCCCAUACUAAAAAGGGCUGCCAUUUGAAGCUAAAUAAAUAAAUGUGUGGAUAUAAAAUUCUAUUUUGUUUGAUAUAAAAUGCUCUCCUAUAGAAUACAUCACGUCUGUGGAUUUUGUAUUUAUUUUGAAGACAACUUUGCAGAUUCUAGAGGACGAAGAUGGCCUCUUAGAGUACAAGACUAGUCCAGUAAUCUUUCCACCAGUCACCUCCGCUGUUGUGAGUGUACCUGACAACCCCAGGGAGUUGUGGAAGUUGGUAUGGAGUAGUAAAGAGUGUCGGUGCAAAGUCGGGGUGAAACGCAGAGACAGCAACUUAACUCUUUAACAGCAAAGCUGCCAGCCCUGUAAGCAAAUUCCACAUUCCAUCAUUCGAGUCCACGACUACCUAUACUCAUUGCCGUACUGAAAGGAGGUUGAGAAACUCUUCUACCAACCACUUAGAAAUACUGUAUUCAGGAUAAGUAAGGUCUCCCUAUCUCACUUCAUAAAGACCAAAAUAUUUCAGGACUUAUUUGUUACUUUGUUUUAAUAUUACACUUUGAACCAUCCCUUCUUAAGUAUUUAUUUUUAAAAUGCCUGUGAGAACUUGUUCUUACUUGUUCUGAUAGACUCGACUGAACAUUGGGUUUUUUUUUCCCGCCACCGGCGAAAUUCUAAGAGGCCACAUAGAGACAGAAGGUUGUGAGUGCAAGCGUUCGUUCAUUUGUAUAUAUAUUUCAGAUAGUGUGUGUGUGUAGAUGAACUCGGACAUGUUUUUACAGCUGAGUUAUGUAAACAAAAAUGUGCUUGAGUGUACUUAGCGUAGUUUGUCAGGAAAAAAUGGAUUUAAUAAAAACGGAUUUAAAAAUGCAAUAA